AUGUCAAGACCAGUAGUGUAUCACAGAUUCACAGAAAAAGACGAUGAAAAACUACUUGCACUCGUCAAACAAUAUGGAGCGGAAGACUGGAAAUUGAUUGCAUCAAAAAUGCAUGGAAGAAAUAAACGCCAAUGUAGAGAUAGAUGGUUUAGAUUUUUAGCUCCUGAUGUCAAUCAUGAUCCUUGGACAAAGGAAGAAGAGGACUUAUUGAUAGACAUUGUUCCAAAAUUAGAACCAAGAUGGAGACAAAUAUCUUCAUACUUUAAAGGGAGAAAUGAUAUACAGGUAAAGAAUCGUUAUAAGUCGUUAAUGAGAAGAAUGAAAUCAGAGAAGUCAAAAUCGGAAUCAAAUGAAAAUCCGCAAAUUUUAUUUACAGAUUUCAAUACGGAUAUAGAUAUUAACGAUGAUUUUCGUAUAUUUGAUGAUAUGUUUUGA